AUGAGUUUAGAGGAUACAUUAGCCAACAUGUCAUUAUAUGACGCCAAGAAAUAUUUUCGUAAAGCUCAAAAUGUUGUUUUCAAUUAUACUGAGAUGGAGGGGAAAGUUCGUGAAGCGACAAACAACGAGCCUUGGGGUGCCUCAUCCACUUUAAUGGACCAGAUUUCUCAAGGAACUUACAAUUUCAGGGAAAGAGAAGAAAUUUUGUCCAUGAUAUUCAGAAGGUUCACUGAAAAGGCAGGUAGUGAGUGGAGGCAAAUUUAUAAAGCCUUGCAAUUGCUCGAUUACCUUAUCAAACACGGUUCUGAAAGGUUUAUCGAUGAUACAAGGAAUAGCAUUAACUUAAUUAGGAUUUUAGAAACUUUUCACUAUAUUGAUUCCCAGGGAAGAGAUCAAGGAAUUAAUGUCAGAACUAGGGUCAAAGCUUUGAUUGAAUUAUUGAGCGACGAUAAUAAGAUACGCGCAGAAAGAAAAAAGGCAAGAGAAACGGCAAAGAAGUACAAGGGCGUUGCUGGAGGAUCUGCCUCUGCUGAUGGCAGUUUGAAUUCGAAGGCAGGUUUCACGUCAACGAAAGUGCACGGCAUUAGCGUGAGUGCUGAUUUCGAUAGUGACAAUGAAGAUAACGAAGAUGGUUCUUUUAGUCAAAAUGGAUAUAACGAUAAUGCCUCGAGAGCCACAUCUACUCCUGGGCAAGGAAAACAAGAACCAGAGGACUUUGUUGACUUUUUUUCUAGUGAGUCUUCAAAACCAUCUAAAGAACUCAUACAAGAAGAUGAAAAGAAGGCGGACGAAGAAGAGGACGAUGAUGACGAGUUUUCAGAAUUUCAAAGCGCCGUCCCUGUUACCAACCCUGCUAAUUCGUUUAACUUGCUAAACACGAGCCCAAUUGAGGGUAUGCCCGCCACCACGAGUUCAAUGCCUUUUUAUAACAGCUCCACUACCGACCAAGGCAAGAUUACCCCAGCUAUUGCGGAACCUAAAAAAGUAGAUCCUUUUAGCUCUCUCUUUUCAACUGCAAAGGCAUCUGCAGAAGCACCUAGUGCUCCUAAAGCAUCCCAAGCGAAAGCCGCUGCCUCUAAUCCUGUAUCUAAUAGCACAACUGCACUAAGUACAGAUCAAGAUGAUGAUGACGAAUUUGGUGAAAUGCAUGGUGGAGCUGUUCAACAAGAACAGAAUACCAAUAAUAACCAUACAUCAUCCAAAGAAAUCGAUUUACUUUCCUUUUGA